AUGCUAUUCUCUUCUCACGCGUCUUAUGAGCCGCUUCAAGACGAAGGGAAGAGUGAAGCUUCACGUUCACGCAAACCGUCUUGUUCAAUCUUUUGGCCAUCUUGCUCUGCCGUCUUGCUGGCCAUAUGCUUGGUCCUAUCAUUUCUGUUGCAGCAAAGAUCCGGAGGCCAUUGCGGCAGUGGAUCACACUUGACCUCCUCAAGUACUGACUUUAAGCCGGCUGUGUCUAGUAUUCAAUAUCAUCAAGUCCAAUUUGGAGGCAUAGUGCUGUCCGAAGGUUCAUUCAAGAUCACAGGAGGCGCAAGCACUCGACCCUACGUCGGGACUUCGUACCAUGAAAUCGACAAGGCAUGGAACAACGUGCUGGAAAAGAGAUGGUUCAACCUGACUGUCAAGGAAAAGCGGGAUGCAUUUGGUGACAAAGCUGACGAGUAUCUUGACUUUGUGCAACUGGAUACAUUUCACUUGCUGCAUUGCAUCAACCAUCUGAGGAAAGUUAUUGAUGCAGAUUUCUACUACCCAAAGGGUCUACCUCCUCUUCGGAUCCAUACUGAAUCUGUCCAAUGCCAUGGCGAUCUCACCUUGAUUCCCUAUCGACCGGACAAGAACAGUUCCUACUAUUACAGCGACUCCAUCCAAUUGCACACCUGCCGCAACUUUGACGAACUCCGCCAUUGGCUCGCAAAUACGAGGAAACCAUUUUCCAUUGACCCUUUCAAGCUGGAAUAG